AUGUCUCAACUAAAGGCAAUCACCUGCAAAGCUGCCAUCUUUCGUGAUGCCAACCAGCCACUGUCUAUUGAAUCAGUGAUCAUUGAUGUUCCAUUAGCUGAUCACGUGAGAAUCAAGAUGAUAUCUGCAGGAAUUUGCGCCAGCGACGGUCACAUCAAGUGGGGACACAUGAAAACGUCUAACUUGCCAAUGGUUCUUGGACAUGAAGGUCUGGCCCUGGUCGAGUCCGUCGGUCCUGAGGUGAAACAACUUCAAGCUGGUGACCUUGUGCUCACCAAUAUUAUGUCUCAGUGUGAUCAGUGCAAAGACUGCCAGGACAGAUCGUCUAACUUUUGUGAAAAAGACGGUUUCCAAAUUAGAAACGCCUCGACGAAUAAGAAACUGGAAGAUGGAACCGGCGUUUGGGGGUUCUGUCGACUGGGCGUCUUUAGUGAGUACGUCCUCCUGAAGCAGUCACAGGUGGUGAAGAUUGACCCGCGCCUGAACAAAGAGAACUGCUGCAUCAUCAGCUGCGCAGUGAUGACUGGCUUCUUCUCCGCAACGAACCUCGCCAAGGUGUCGCCCAACUCGACUGCCUGCGUCAUCGGCCUAGGCGCCAUUGGUCUGAAUGCCGUCUUUGGGUGCAAGUUCAACGGCGCCCAGAACAUCAUCGCCAUUGACAUUAACAACAGCAAGAAGGCCAUCGCCCUGGAGUUUGGCGCCACGGAGUUUGUCAAUCCGCAGGAGCUGGACAGACCGGUGGAGCAGUACUUGAAGGAGAAGUACGGCGGCGUUCACUACGCCAUUGAGUGCAUUGGCAACCAGGGGGUGAUGGAGAGUGCCUUCAAGGCGCUCAAGCCGACCGGCACGCUGGCUCUGGUGGGCGUCGGCGGAAAGACGCUCAACUUUCCCGCCAUUGAAAUGCUCACCGGUCGAACGGUGGCGGGCGGCUUUCUAGGGAAAAAGCGCUCUGAUGAGGGCUUUAAUCAGCUCGGUGAGAUGUACCUUAAUGGGCAGUACAAUAUUGAUCGACUGGUGACGCACCGCUUCUCACUGGAGCAAAUUAAUGACGCUUUUCAGCUGCUAAAAGAGGGUAAAUGCAUACGAUCAAUUAUUGUCUUUUAG